CGGCGGCGACGACGACAGGCCGGGGAUGAAGUGAUUCACUGUAUGGAGAGAGAGAGAGAGAGAGAGAGAGAGAUUGACACCUCUGCACCGUUUCCUUUCUCAUCGGUUUUUCUGUUGUUGGCCUCUUUUGUAUGUCUGUUCUCCUGCCUGUCUGUCGGCCUGUCUGUCGGUCUGUCUGUCGAUCUGUCUGUCUGUCUGUCCUCUUCCUCCACUAUAGUUCAUUGUUACUGUGAUGGAUCUCAGGACUGCUGUGACCUUCUCAACUCUUUUACUCAUCGUUGCUGGCCAGACCAGAGAUGGGCCAGACAUCACAGAGACUCUCUCCCCCACUCAGACCAACGGCACCAGCAGCAACUGUUCCUGCCCCACUGUGACUCCAGCAACCACUGCUGGCCCCGCCUCCAACCCCAGCAGCCCUGCCUCUGCCCUGGGUCUCCUUACAAUCAUGUGGAUGAGGAAAUGUGAAGGAGAUGUUACCCUGAUCCUCUUUCAUCCCUCCAACUCCUCCUCGGCUGUUUGUCAUGACAAUGCAACGGACAUCCAGAGUCUUUUGAGAAAUGUGUGUGAAAACCGGAAAGGUUGUAAAGACACACCGCAAUGGCACAAAGGCAGAGGCACGCCUAACGCCUUUGUCAUCACAGAGAGUGGAGCAGAGAAGAGGGCCAGGUGUGAGACACUGAGGGUCCAAUGCACAGAUGAGAAGGUCCUCCCAGAUGUACAGGGCCAGCUGCAGGCCUACAGAGUGGUGACAGCUUUACUCUGCUGCGUGCUGCUGGUCCUGUUACUGAUCCGCAUCACCAGACCCACCGUCAGUGCCCUGCAGAAGAGAUUAUCAGAAAGGAGGCAGAAUCGCUGGAUCGGACCAACACAAAGUCACAGUGUGUCUUACCAGCGAGGAAAAACUACAGUUAAAAACAAUGACGGAGAGAAGAGACUGUCCUACCCUGCUCUGGAGCGACUGGCAGUCAGUGACAGCAGAGAGCCGUCAUCCAACAGGAACAGUGAUUAUAACUUCUGAUCAUCAUCAUCAUCUUCAUCAUCAUCAUCCAUAUGUGGGCUAAGAAUACUUUUCCACAUUUGACUAUUUUUGGAUUCCUGGAUUUUGUUUUGAAUUGGAUUGACUUAGUAUUGUGAAGUUGAUCUUGCACCUCUUGAUAUACUUGCAUUGUCUGCCCCACAUACUAAACCUUCAGUUCUAAAACAUGGUCAGUAUUGACAACCAUCAAUGUAUAUCAUAUAUAAACUCAAUUUAGCAGCUUUUUUAAACAAGUUAUAUCCUCCUUACCAAAGUUAUAUUCACAUGUGAUAAUUUAAUGGCAUCAUUUUGGUGUAUGUUUUACUUUUAGCUGGGCCAGUAGUUUCCUCAUUCUUACACACUUUGUGCUAAACUAAUCUACACACAACCUGAACCAAGUUUACAAUUACAUACAAAAUCAAACUCGGAGCAUAUUGAUUCAAAACCACCUGAUUCACUGACAUUGUAACAUACUUUUGGUUUUCUUUUGUUGAUCGUUUGUGAUUUUUGAAUAUUAUUGUGAACUCCUUUCUUGUCAGUAAAAUUAUCUAAGUUGUGUUUGACCUGAUUUGUUGUCUUAGAAGUAGAUGAAUGGAAAAUGUUGUAGAUGUUGGACUGAAACACAUAGAAGAGGAGGAGAAGAGUGAGCGACAAAGGUGGUUACUAAGUGCAGAACUGUGGUUUCCUCUGCCGUUGAUGAAACUUCCUGUUUGUGUUAUUUCUGUCGUUGCCUGUGUAUCGUUCUCCAUCUCUUCUAUUCCUUCACUCUUUCUCUUUUCUUGUUGUCUUUUUGUUGUCUCUC